AAAUUUUUAUAUCUUUCCCUCAACUUUCUAUUCACUUAUUUUCCAUCAAACCAAACAUAGGCUUGGCCCUUGGGCUUGUGAGCUGCAAUUCAACGGUGUCUAUCAAUCAGUUUGAAGGAAAUGGGAAGUUUAUCGAUUAAUACUAUAGUUGAGUUCAGAUUGCAGCUUCGAUUUCAGGCCGAUAAACGGCAUUCCUCUUAUCUUUUUACGUCGCGACGCCCUUCUUGCUUUUCCGGGAUUAUUGCCGGUAUUCGUAACAGACUAAGAAGAAGGAGAAACACAAGAGUUUCAGCUCGUGUCGACAAUUCUGGAGAAUCAAAACAGCAACAGCAGCAGCUCAACCUCUCGGUUCUUCGCUUUACGUUUGGUAUUCCUGGAUUGGACGAAUCUUACUUACCCAGAUGGAUUGGAUACGCUUUCGGUUCGCUGCUGCUCUUGAACCACUUCGUCGGUUCGAAUUCAUCCACUACUCCAGCACAGCUUCGAUCAGAGGUUCUGGGUCUUUCGUUGUCGGCUUUCUCAAUUACUCUUCCCUACCUUGGAAAAUUUCUCAAGGGUGCAAAUCUUGUGGAUCAAUCUACUCUGCCUGAGGGGAACAAGCAAAUAUUUAUAAUGUCAGAAAAUCUCUCUGAUACCAUGAAGGAGGAUUUGGCUUGGGGAACAUAUGUUUUGUUGCGAAAUACAAACACCAUAUCAGUGCUUAUAUCAGUUGGGGAUGUGCUGUGUAUACGUGGCUAUUGGAGUACACCUGAGGAUGCAACAAAAACCCACAUGCUUGAUUGGUUUGGAAGACAGGUUCAGCAAAUUGGUCUUUCUGAUCUGAAGGAUACACUUUAUUUCCCUCAGAGACCAGAUUCUGGGGUUUGGGAGAUGCUCCCCAAGGGAAUUCGUUCUUUUUUGGUCCAACCUGUGCUAAGAGCUUGUAAAUUAGGUGGCAAUGGAACAGAAAAAACAAUACAAGGUUUCAUUCUAUUGGCUUCCAGCAUGAGUUAUGCAUACAACAACAGAGACAGGGACUGGAUAGGAGCUGUUGCGAACAAAUUUAGAGGCAGUGCAUGUAUAGAUUUGUAAUGAAUUUACUCACCUUUAUUCUGUUGUAAUUGUUCUAGGUAUUCCAAUGGCUUAAGAAGAAAUGCCCCUUUUAUUGUGGGCCUUCUUUUUGUUUUUUUUUGGAUUCAGUGUGAUAGCUGUGAAAGAGUUGUCCUUUUCCUUCCACCUGAUUCCAGAAAAAGGCAGUUUAUGUCCUUGAUUAUUUAAAGCCACAAAAUAACUUUUGAAUUUUCAAACUGAAUGGUUGUUUUCACUCUUAGAUGCACCAAUUCAUUGACUAGCCCUCUGGCAUGAGGGUUAGAUUGAUAUUU